GCGGAGCAGCAGGCGGCGGCGGCGCGCGCGCGAGGGGGCCAUGGCGUCCGUGCAGGCGUCCCGCCGCCAAUGGUGCUACCUGUGCGACCUGCCCAAGAUGCCGUGGGCCAUGGUGUGGGACUUCAGCGAGGCCGUGUGCCGCGGCUGCGUCAACUUCGAGGGCGCCGACCGCAUCGAGCUGCUCAUUGACGCCGCGCGCCAGCUCAAGCGCAGCCACGUGCUCCCCGAGGGCCGCUCGCCGGGACCCCCGGCCCUCAAACACCCGACCACCAAGGACUUGGCCGCCGCUGCAGCCGCCGCCGCCGCCGCAGCCGCCGCCGCCGCCCAGGGACCCCAGCUGCCACCUCCCCCGCAGGCUCAGCCGCAGCCGUCGGGGGCCGGUGGCGGCGGCGGCGGCGGCGGCGUCUCCUCCGGCCAGGACCGCUAUGACAGGGCCACUUCCUCGGGCCGCCUCCCGCUGCCCUCGCCGGCCCUGGAGUACACCCUGGGGUCCCGCCUGGCCAACGGGCUGGGCCGCGAAGAGGCGGUGGUGGAAGGGGCGCGCAGGGCGCUGCUGAGCUCCAUGCCCGGCUUGAUGCCCCCCGGGCUGCUGGCCGCCGCCGUGUCCGGCUUAGGAGGUCGAGGCCUGACGCUGGCCCCGGGUUUGAGCCCUGCCCGUCCACUCUUCGGUUCCGAUUUUGAGAAAGAGAAACAACAGAGGAACGCGGACUGUCUGGCCGAACUGAACGAGGCCAUGCGGGGCCGAGCGGAGGAGUGGCACGGGCGCCCCAAAGCCGUGCGCGAGCAGCUGCUGGCGCUGUCCGCCUGCGCCCCGUUCAACGUGCGCUUCAAGAAGGAUCACGGCCUGGUGGGGCGCGUCUUCGCCUUCGACGCCACGGCCCGCCCCCCGGGCUACGAGUUCGAGCUCAAGCUGUUCACCGAGUACCCGUGCGGUUCCGGCAACGUGUACGCGGGGGUCCUGGCCGUGGCGCGCCAGAUGUUCCACGACGCCCUGCGGGAACCGGGCAAGGCGCUCGCCUCCUCCGGCUUCAAGUACCUGGAAUACGAGCGACGGCACGGCUCGGGCGAGUGGCGCCAGCUGGGCGAGCUGCUCACCGACGGCGUGCGCAGUUUCCGCGAGCCGGCCCCGGCCGAGGCCUUGCCCCAGCAGUACCCGGAGCCCAGCACGCCCGCCGCCCUGUGCGGGCCACCCCCGCGAGCGCCAUCCCGCAACCUGGCGCCCACGCCGCGCCGGCGCAAGGCGUCCCCCGAGCCCGAAGGCGGCGAGGCGGCCGGCAAGCUGACCACGGAGGAGCAGCAGCAGCGGCACUGGGUGGCCCCCGGGGGUCCCUACUCGGCCGAGACCCCCGGCGUGCCGUCUCCCAUCGCCGCCCUCAAGAAUGUGGCCGAAGCCCUGGGUCACUCGCCCAAGGACCCCAGCGGGGGCCCCGUGCGGGCCGGAGGGGCCAGCCCCGCAGCCUCCUCCACCGCGCAGCCCCCCGGCCAGCACCGCCUGGUGGCCCGCAACGGGGAGGCCGAGGUCAGCCCGACGGCCGGGGCCGAGGCGGUGGGCACGGGCGGCGGCGGGGGCGGCGGCACCACCCCGGGGGCGACCCCCGGCGCCCCGCUGUGCUGCACCCUGUGCCGGGAGCGCCUCGAAGACACCCACUUCGUCCAGUGCCCCUCGGUGCCCGGACACAAGUUCUGCUUCCCCUGCUCGCGGGAGUUCAUCAAGGCCCAGGGCCCGGCGGGCGAGGUGUACUGCCCGAGCGGGGACAAGUGCCCGCUGGUGGGCUCGUCCGUGCCCUGGGCCUUCAUGCAGGGCGAGAUCGCCACCAUCCUCGCCGGAGACAUCAAGGUGAAGAAGGAACGGGACCCCUAGGCCGCUGCCGUCCCUGCGCCCCCCGCCCCGCCGCCCGCUGCGGAUAAAUUAUUCCCUCCCCCACCCAGCCCGGUGCCACCCCACGUGUUGUACAUACCCCUCCCCUGGUCCACGCGGGUCCCCCGGGGUAGAUGCAUUGUGGGUGGGGGUAGAAGGCUUGUGGCUCCUGUCCGAGGGGCGCUGGGAGGGUCCCCGGCCCCCUCCCCAUCCCCGCCCCUCCUUGGCUUGGCUUGGCUUGUAGUUGGGAAAGAGACGUCCCGAGAACUCUGCUCUUUAUAAACGAAGCAAAAGGCAUUUUCUCCCCUCCCUCCCUCCCCUUACCUUUUUUUCCUCAUUCAAUAAAACGAAAGAUGGUUUUGUUUUUUUUUUUUUUUCCUCCUUCUUGGUCCCUUGGUCGUGUGAGCGCUGCGCCCCCUGUGGGACCGGGGCGGUCCUGCAGGCGCGGGGCGGUGGCUGUGCGGAGCGCGGCCUCCAGGUGGCGCUCGUGGCCCUGGCUGGACGGGUCGCCCGGUCCCGCCACCAGCCCGUCGUGCAGAUGGCAGAACCGAGGGCC